GGGCGGCAAGAAGAAGAAACUUCCCGCUCACCUGCUGGCUCUCCAGAAGCAGCAGGAGGAACUGCGGCGCAGGCAGGAGGAAGCAGAACGCCUGGCGGCCGAGGAGAGGGCCAGGAUAGAGGAGGAGGAGCGCCGAGAGGCUGAGGAACAGAGGCGCAGGGAGGAGGAGAAGGCUCGCAAGAAGCAGAGGGAGAAGGAACGCAUCGAGCAGCUCAAGCGCGAGGGCAAGUACUUGACCAAGGCCCAGAAGGAGGAGAAGGCCCGCAACGAGCGCAAGUUGCAGCAGAUGCUUGCGGCCGGCAUCAAGAUUGGUGCGCUCGAGGCGAGCGAGGCGGAGAAAGAGAAGGAGAGGGAGAAGGAGAAGAAGAAGGCGGAGGCGAGGAAACGCGGAGGCCGGAACAAGGUAUGUUUGGAGCGGAUAUGGCGACCGCUGCCGCUUCUCGUCCGUCGUCGCUGACCAGGCCUUUUUUUUUGUCGCAGGUUGACGAGGAGAAGGCUCUGGCUGAGGCAGCCGAGCGCGCGAGGUUGCAGGCCGAAGCUGCUCUCAGGGAGGCCGAGGAGAAGGCUCGCAUCGAGCGGGAGAGGGCCGAGGCCGAGGCGGCUGCAAAGGCCGCGGCGGCGGCCGAAGAUAGCGUGGAGGAGGACUGGGAGGCAGCCGCCGAGUCGGAGAAGGAGGACGUCAAGGACAGCUGGGAUGCCGAUACCGAGGACGAGGACGAGGCCGAGAAGAAGACGGAGAAGAAAGCGGAGGAGAAGGCUGACAAGAAGGCCGAGAGCAAGGUUGAGACGAAGGCGGAGAAGAAGGUGGAACAGAAGGCCGAGGCCAACGGCAAAGCACAGACACUUCCCUCCCGGCCAAAGGCCAAAAAAGAAGAGUCAGAAUCCGAGUCGGACGAGGAUUCGGACGACGAGAAGACGACCCAGGCCCGGGCGGCCGAGGCGCAGAGGAAGAAGGAAGCGGCCGAGCGGCGGGAGAAGGCUCACCAAGCCGCUCUGGCGGCGCGGUCAAAGGACAACCUCCGCUCGCCCAUCUGCGUCAUUCUCGGACACGUCGAUACCGGCAAGACCAAGCUGCUCGACAAGAUCCGGCAGACCAACGUCCAGGAGGGCGAAGCCGGUGGUAUCACUCAGCAGAUUGGUGCCACUUACUUCCCCGUCGAAGCCAUCAAGCAGAAGACGGCCGUGGUCAACCGCGACGGCAAGUUCGAGUUCAAGGUGCCCGGCCUCCUCGUCAUCGACACCCCCGGGCACGAGUCCUUCUCCAACCUGCGGUCUCGCGGCUCGUCGCUCUGCAACAUUGCCAUCCUGGUUGUCGACAUCAUGCACGGCCUCGAGCCCCAGACCAUCGAGUCGUUGAGGCUGCUGCGUGAGCGCAAGACGCCCUUCAUCGUCGCGCUCAACAAGAUCGAUCGUCUGUACGGCUGGAAGAAGAUCGAAAACAACGGGUUCCAGGAGUCGCUGGCGCUCCAGAACAAGGCGGUGCAGAACGAGUUCAGGAACCGUCUCGAGCAGACCAAGCUCCAGUUUGCCGAGCAGGGCUUCAACUCGGAGCUGUACUACGAGAACAAGUCGAUGUCCAGAUACGUGUCGCUCGUGCCCACCUCGGCCCACACCGGCGAGGGCAUUCCCGACAUGCUCAAGCUCAUCGUCCAGCUCACCCAGGAGAGGAUGGUCAGCUCGCUCAUGUACCUCUCCGAGGUCCAGGCCACCGUCCUCGAAGUCAAGGCGAUCGAGGGUUUCGGCAUGACCAUCGACGUCAUCCUGUCCAACGGCAUCCUUCGCGAAGGCGACCGCAUCGUCCUCUGCGGCACAGAAGGCGUCAUCAAGACGAACAUCAGGGCGCUGCUCACCCCUGCCCCGCUCAGGGAGCUCCGCCUCAAGUCGCAGUACGUGCACAACAAGGAGGUCAAGGCCGCGUUGGGCGUCAAGAUCAGCGCCCCCGGGCUCGAGGGUGCCAUUGCCGGUUCGCGGCUGCUCGUCGUCGGCCCCGACGACGACGAGUCGGACCUCGAGGACGAGGUCGAGUCCGAUCUUGCCAGCCUGUUCAGCCGCGUCGAGAAGACGGGCCGCGGCGUCAGCGUCCAGGCGUCGACCCUCGGCUCCCUCGAGGCCCUGCUGGACUUCCUCAAGGACUGCAAGAUCCCCGUCGCCAACGUCGGCAUCGGCCCCGUCUUCAAGCGCGACGUCAUGCAGUGCGGCAUCAUGCUGGAGAAGGCGCCCGACUUCGCCGUCAUGCUCUGCUUCGACGUCAAGAUCGACAAGGAAGCACAGGCGUACGCCGACGAGCAGGGCAUCAAGAUCUUCACCGCCGACAUCAUCUACCAUCUCUUUGACUCCUUCACCAAGCACAUCAAAGAGCAGAACGAGAAGAAGAAGGAGGAGUCCAAGAUGUUGGCCGUCUUCCCCUGCGAACUCAAGCCCGUCGCCGUUUUCAACAAGACAAACCCCAUCGUCGUUGGUGUGGAUGUUGUGGAGGGCUCCCUCAGACUCAACACACCCAUCGCCGUCGUCAAGCCUAACCCCACGACGGGCCAGAAGGAGAUCAUUCCCCUUGGCAGAGUCACGUCCAUCGAGCGCGAGCACAAGCAGAUCUCGAUCUGCAAGAAGGGUCAGCCCGCCGUGGCGAUCAAGAUCGAGACGGGCGGCCACCAGCCGGCUUACGGCCGCCAGCUCGAGGACAAGGACACGCUCUACUCGCAGAUCUCGCGCCCCAGUAUCGACACCCUCAAGCAGUUCUACCGGGACGAGGUCACCAAGGAGGAGUGGGAGCUGAUCAUCAGGCUGAAGCCCGUCUUCGAUAUCGUCUAGGCUCCAGCGCCAAUCUUACUCUGCUGGCUACGAGCCCGCGGGGUUAUAUUCCUUGGGUGGUGUUGAAGGAGGAUCAGAUGGCUGCGGGGGAGGCAAAGGGUCACACGGGUGAGGAGGAGUUGCUUUCGGUGAAACAUGAGGAUUGAUUCGGAGCGGGAAGACAAAAAAAAAUAAAAUGAUCACGGAGGUUACGAAAAAGCAGGGACUGAUGAUGCC